AUUUACAUAGUUAAGACUUUCUUUUGAUUACAUAAUCUUAUGCUAUAUUACUAUGAUUAUAAAUCAUUUACUAAAUUUAGUUUACUUUCGAUAGUUUACCCCUUAAUUAUAUCUAUUAUGGUCUCCGAGUUUAACAUUUAACUAGUAGUUUGGUAGCACCGAAUCCUUUCCAUCUAAUCUAAUCAAUUAUAUUACAUAAUAAUUUUGCUAGUAAAAUAUGGCCACAAUUUAUUUUUUGAGGGGAAAGUAACUAAUAGUGGUUGCAAACUAUAUUGGUAGCCUUCAUGAUUUUCAAGAUCAUCACGCAAUUGACUCUAUAUAUAAAUACAUAGUCAAAAUCCCUAUCCAUGACUUCUAAUAUGUCUUUUUGAUUUCAUUGAAGUUAUUAACUAAAGCUAAUAAAUCUCCUAACUAUCACUUCACUAUGUCAAUUGAAUCAACUCAAAUCAUUGUUAAAACUCCUCCCCAAUAUGCUCUUAAUUAUGAAUGGAAUCAACCUGAUUCAACUUUUGAAAUAAGAAAGGUUAUAUUUACUCCCGAAACAGACUUAAAAGAAGGUCAAGUAUUUGUCAAGACACUUUAUCUCUCCAAUGAUCCAUUCACAAGAGGGGUCAUUCAAAAAGUUGAAAAUCAAACUUUACCAAAAGGUAGACCUGUGGCCUCGGUUGCAUUAGGUGAAGUUUUAGAAUCUAAAAAUACACUUUAUAAAAAGGGUGAUGUCGUUACUGGGAUUUGGAAUUGGUCAGAAUAUGCUAUUCCAAGUGUGAUUUAUUACGCUAUUGAUAAAGCUUCGAAAUUACCCUUUACUUAUUAUAUUUCAGUAAUUGGUAUUGCUCCUCUUACAGCUUAUUUUGGAUUAACUAAAAUUUUGAAAUUUAAUUCUGAUGUUACAAGUGAAACUUAUAAAGCCAAGAAUUUAAUUAUUAUUUCAGCUGCUACAGGUGCAGUUGGAGCUGCUGCUGUUCAAUUAUCCAAGCAUAACUUUGGAAUCUCAACUGUAGUAGGUAUUACUGGAACUGAUUCAAAAGCAAAAUGGGUUGAAAGUAUUGGUGCUGAUAAAGCUUUCAAUUAUAAUGAUCCUGAUUUUGAAUCUCAAUUAUCAGCAUAUGUGACUUCUACAGGUGGUGCUGAUUAUUAUUUUGAUAAUGUCGGUGGACCAGUAUUAAAUUCCGUGCUUCCUCAGUUAAAUACUUAUGGUAAGGUUGCUGCUUGUGGAAAUAUUUCAAACUUUAAGAAUGCUAAUAAUGCUUUACUUCCAAAUUGGGUAUCAAUCAUUAGUAAAAGACUUAAUAUCACAGGACUUACCGUUCAUGAUUAUAUCCCUGAAUUUCCAAAGGCACUUUCAGUAUUGGAAAAAGCUAUUGAAGAAAAGAAAUUAGCUACUGAAAAUGCUUAUUCCGUCGAAGAUAUUUCUGAUAAACUGAAUAAAUUUGAAUUGGUACCUUUAGUUUGGAAGAGAAUUUUUGAUGGUUCUAAACCUCAUGGUAAGAUUAUCACCAAGAUAGUCAGAAAUAUUCCAAAGUAGUUAAUUAGUUAGUUAUGCUCGUAAUGAAUAAAUUGGUUCUGUUACUGCAAAGAAUUAUCGCUACCAUACGACAUCAAGUAAAAAUGUUUGAAGUUCCCCAUGACAUUUCAAACAAUGGCGUAAGUAUCAACUCAAUUGAGCGAAUUAAGAAAAUUCAAGUAUUUGAAUAGAUUAAGACUUCAAGGAGCGUUAGAGUUGUAAUGUCGAAAUUGCUAUAUACAACAGUUCCUGGAAUGUUCCUGUACGUAAACAACAAUGAAAAUCAUGUGACUCUAUACGACACAAAUUAGUAAACAUUACGAAAAGGUACAGUACAUAAUGUAUGA